AUGGAUUUUUUACAGGAACUCCCCGAACAGAUAUUUCGAGACAUUCUACUAAGAAUAUCGUAUGAAUCUCAGUCAAAGAUUAAGCAGUUGUUGAAGCCUGCCAAAGAAAUGAUGGAAUGCUUCAAAUUUUAUCAAGAUAGAAUUAAGUUUGGGCUGGCCAAUAAAUAUAUAUGUUUUCUUCAGCGUUGUGAGGUAUCUAUAUACGAUCCUAUUGAUCAUUCAUGUAAACCUUUUCGAACUGAACAUGAAAUCUCACACUCUUCUAAGAUUAUAAAUGUGAAUCAUAAGAUAGUUGUGCUAGACGGGCACUUUUCUUUAAGUCCAAAGAUUUGGAUAUAUGAUUUAUUAUCUAGUACAUGGAAGCGAGGUGCUGAUAUUCCAACCCCGAGUGAUAGAAAUAAGUAUGCAUGGUGUGCUUCACCCGAUGGAUCAAUUUACAUUGCAGGAGGAUAUGACAAUAUUGCUGGCCGUAAGCUCCGUGACGCAGCAGUUUAUAAAGUAGAUGAAGACAAGUGGGAGCUUCUUCCUCAGAUGUACGAAAAUGUUGGUCGGUACUGUAGAGGUUUUUUUAUUGAAGGAAUGUUUUAUGUCCUAUAUCGUUAUAGAACUCAAAGAUUUGAUCCCAACACAAGAGUAUGGACAACAAUAGCAAAUAUGUCUUUGCCUUAUUCCUAUUACUACGUUCUUCUAUAUGCAUUUGGACGACUAAUUGCAUUUACGACCAAAGGAAUAGAAGAAUAUGAUUGGGAAGGAAGUGUAUGGAGAGAAGUGGAACCGCUCCCUCAAGGCUUUACAGUUCUCCAUGCCACAGUGUGGUAUGAUCAAAUUUUCUUGCGGGGAUAUAGCAAUUUUAUGCGUCCCAUUUUUUAUAUGUAUAAACCUGGAGCAGCAUUAACCGAGAGGUGGAUUUCUAUCGAAGAGCCAAACAUUUUUCUGGAAAACUAUGUCGAAUCUAUUGUCACAAUAGAAAUUUAA